AAUAUUACAAGAACAACGGAUCAAUCAGUAACUAUUCCAAUAUGUCUUUCUAGCCAAGUUGAAACGGGCUUUUUUAUUGUGAGUUCACAAGGCAGUAAACGUGAUCAUGAUUCUGAAGACGAAGAUUACAGUACAUUGCGGAUUAAGCUAUCACCGGAGUUAACAUUCGAAAAAAGUUCACGGAGUAACAGCCGGAAACAAAGUUACCGAAACAAGACCAGAAUAUUACGACGGUUGAUGGAGGGCACAAAUUUGCUUCUCGAAUCUAUAUCCGAAGGAACUUACAUCAUUAGUGAAGACGAAGAAUUUUUAGUCGUUAAAGUAAGUGGCUCUCCUUCAGAACAAGAUUGGACGCAUUUUAAAGUCAAUCGAAUGAUGGUUGUUAAGAUGUUGAAGACCUUAAUGAAUCGAUUUGCCGUACUUUGUCCUAAUUCUGAUAUUCGAGAGAUUAAGCUGUAUGCAAUGCAGUCAUAUUUAUGCUGA